AUGCAUGCCGAGCAUCGCGGCCGCACUCCCAAAGCCGCCAUUGCCAAUCAUCGAGUGGAGUACAACUUCCAAAAGAUGAUAGCAGGCGUGCGCAUGUCCGUCGACAAGAACAACAGCCUCAAUGAGUGCCAACUGGAACUGGAGAUUGUCCAAGAGUUUGCGCUUACGGAAAAGAUCACCCUUGGUACUAUCAAGAUUAACCUCGCUGAGUUUGUUGAGGAGAGUGAAAACUUCCUGCGAGACCCUACAUCACCAGUCUCAUCCAGAAGACGGACCAACAGCGCCGGAUUGAGCCCUACGAGUGCCAAGGAACUGAAAUUGUCUGAUGAGAUCCAAAGAGAGGUUCAGGAUGGCAUCAUGCGCAGAUAUCUCAUGCAAGACAGCAAAGUCAACAGCACACUCAAAGUCAGCAUCCUGCUCAUCCAGGUCGAUGGUGAACGCAAUUUCAUCGCGCCGCCGCUCAAGACGGCCCCGGUCUUUGGAGGCAUUGUUGGGUUCAUGGCGCCGGAGCAAGUUGAAGAUGAAAUCUUGGGACCUCUACCGAACUUGUCUAAGAAUCGGGACGUUGCCGAGGUCCAAGACUUGUAUCGUCGCGCCCUCGCGGCAUCGUGGACUCGCCAGCCCUCUGAGCUCCCUACUGAUGAAUGUAUCGAGGACAUUUUCGCUGGCGGCAAUGGCUGGAGGACCAAGCAUAGAAGUGCCACCAGCCCUGAUUCUGAAGACGACUACUACGAUGAGGACGUCGACAACUCCGGCAACCUUCGACCCAAUGAAUAUCGUCGCAUGGCCAUGAACCAUCGCCGCAACCACUCGAAUUCCUCAUCCCACUUCCGCCCUGGCAGCUCCUAUAAUCACCAAAGCCCCCACUCUCACCAUCGUCGUACCCUUUCCGGCUCGAGCGACAAGAGCGUCUCGACCGUCACGGUGGGAGGGAACCGCAAUCCGCUCAAGAAGGGCGUGCGUAUUCUCCGCGAUGACAGCCGCGAGGACGACUUGAUGAGCUCUAAGAGUGUCGUGAGUCUGAUGAGCCUGGCACCCACGAUGGGGAGCAGCGAGCGGGAAAGAGAACACAUGAAGCGCACAAAGGAAAUUGGAGAAUCUGAUGUGAGAGAUGAUUUAGUUGCUUGGAGUUUACCUGGGAGCGUAGCAGUAUAG